UUCUGUUUUCUAUAUAGUCUCUCUUUCUCAUUUCCCAGCUCCAGUAAGUCUCACACUCUCACCUACCAAGCCUUUCACGAGUCAUAGAUCGGAAAAGAAAAAAUUCAAGCUGCCAUGGGAUUUGAGAAGAUCAAGGUCGACAACCCCAUCGUCGAGAUGGACGGUGAUGAAAUGACCAGAGUUAUCUGGAAGUCAAUCAAGGAUAAGCUCAUUUUGCCCUUCAUGGAGUUGGACAUCAAGUAUUUUGACCUUGGUCUUCCCUACCGUGAUCAGACUGAUGAUAAAGUUACAGUUGAGAGUGCAGAAGCAACUCUUAAGUAUAAUGUAGCAAUCAAGUGUGCAACUAUCACGCCAGAUGAGGCUCGAGUGAAGGAAUUUGACCUCAAGCAAAUGUGGAAGAGUCCAAAUGGGACAAUUAGGAACAUUUUGAAUGGAACUGUCUUCAGAGAACCCAUUCUUUGCAAAAACGUCCCUCGCCUUGUUCCUGGCUGGACAAAGCCAAUAUGCAUUGGAAGACACGCAUUUGGUGAUCAAUAUAGGGCCACUGACACAGUUAUUAAAGGAGCUGGGAAAUUAAAGCUGGUGUUUGUUCCAGAAAGUGGUGAAAAGACUGAACUAGAGGUUUUUAACUUCACCGGUGAAGGAGGUGUUUCAAUGGCUAUGUACAACACUGAUGAGUCUAUCCGUGCUUUUGCUGAGUCUUCUAUGGCAACUGCUCUUGAGAAAAAAUGGCCUCUUUAUCUUAGCACCAAAAACACAAUUCUUAAGAAAUAUGAUGGAAGAUUCAAGGACAUAUUCCAAGAAGUGUAUGAGAAAAACUGGAAAUCAAAGUAUGAGGCUGCUGGUAUAUGGUAUGAGCAUCGGCUCAUUGAUGAUAUGGUGGCGUAUGCACUCAAGAGUGAAGGAGGUUACGUAUGGGCAUGCAAGAACUAUGAUGGAGAUGUCCAGAGUGAUUUCUUAGCUCAAGGUUUUGGAUCAUUGGGUUUGAUGACAUCUGUAUUGGUUUGCCCUGAUGGGAAGACUAUUGAAGCAGAAGCAGCUCACGGCACAGUAACGCGUCACUAUAGGGUUCAUCAGAAAGGAGGGGAAACCAGCACAAACAGCAUAGCAUCCAUCUUUGCUUGGACUAGAGGGCUUGCCCACAGGGCAAAAUUGGAUAACAAUGCCAGACUUUUGGAUUUCACUCAAAAACUAGAAGCAGCUUGCAUUGGAGUAGUGGAGGCCGGGAAGAUGACCAAGGAUUUGGCACUCAUUAUUCAUGGACCCAAGCUUUCAAGGGAGAAUUACCUGAACACCGAGGAGUUCAUCGAUGCAGUGGCAGCGGAACUGAAAGCACAGCUUUCUGCUUAGUCCGGUUUUAGUUUCAGAGACAGGGGAUAAAGGACAAAGCUGAAAGGAGAUCAUAUACUCUCUUCAGAAGAAAUAAGAAGGGCAAGAGUAGCAUUGGUCGUUUGCUCCAUUUUAACUUCAUAUGCGUUAGGUUGGUGGAAUGAAUGGCUUAGCUGCUUCCCCAUAUUGUUUUAACUGAUUUGUUAUUUGCAAUUUUGAACCGAUCCCUUCUAAGUUUGAAUGGAUUUUAUGUUCAUGCUGAUUUUAAUUUGCUGUUCAAACUUCUCAUUCUGUAUCUCAUACGGAGUCAUUAAAUUGAGUGUUGGAAAAA